ACUAAAAAGGUAGGCAAAAAAAAUCAUAAGUCAAAACGAAGUUCGCGGGGCGUUAGUAGAAAAUAAAAUCCUAAUAGUUACCAACCACUGGCAAUCUUUAGCAUACCGACAAGGCGAAAGCAAUACAUCUUAUGUCAUUAUGUCUACCGAAACCUCAUCACCAUCAUUACUUUACCAAACCCACCCAAAGUCGCACUCAAAAUGUGGAGUUUCUUACCGUUUUUAAGCCUCCUAGAAAUAUUAUCAGCUGAAAUAACAGCCCCAGGCAUCGAUAGAAUCAUGAGUGACGGUGUAACAAGUGUCGGUUAUAAUUUAGUGUAUGGAGACGAAGAUUUUCAGGUGUACAACGAGGUGGUGAAAAAUGAGGAGAAAAUGAACGCUUUGAAGAAUAGGUUCAAUUUAAACGAAGCGCUGCCUCCAUUGCCAGCUGUGGACGUCAAAUGCUUGAUGUCCGUUGACAGAUAUUGCUCGAAGAGUAUGCGGGAGAUGAAGAGUGUUUUAAUAGAGGCCCUAAAAGAUGACUGUGCGAAAUGUUCGAAAGAGCAGAAGGAAAAUGCAGGGAGAGUGGUUGCCUCAAUGAUGGCGCAUGACCCUUCGGCUUGGAAAUUGUUCCUGACAAGGUCUUCGUUACAAGUUUUUCCUGAGAAAAAACCGCCAAAAAGGGAAAAUUAUAAAUAUAAAAUCGUAGGACCAGCUGAAGAUAUAGUUAAUUCUAGAAAUAGAUACACUAUGCCAGGUGUAAAAGUUAGAGUUAAGAGAUAUGUCGUAGAGAGAGUUAAUUACGAUUAGUAAUUUAGUAUGUUAGUAAAUAUACACUCAUCACAACUACAUAAUUUUAAUCAAUAUUGCUCGAUAUUGUUUUAUUUAAAUGAAUAUCUUAAGAUAUAUAAAAGUGAAAUACCAAGCGCGCACAUAUAAUGUCUUGACCGUAUUCAACGAAGAGCGAUUUGAAUCGUCGACGACCACUCACGACCACUCACGUCACUUUCCAAGCGGCUUGAUCCCUUGGCGUUGCGUGGAAAUGUGGGAUCUCUCUGCAUCUUCUACAAUACACAAUUAUAUAUAUAUAUUAUUAUAUAUACAAUUAUAUAUUAUAUUAUAUAGGAAUACAAAAUUCCUCCCAUACCUUCACGCUCAUCAUCCUGAGUAUUUUUAAGCACGUUUUGCGGCGCACCACCACAUUUUUCGUAUUGAGCACCGUCAUCAAAAAUGUCAAGGAAAAAAGUGUACCAAUUUCCUAACGCCUGCAAUAAACUUCUGUCGUUGUUAAUGGCAGUGUGAAUUUCAUCAAACCCUCAUUGCUCAUAAUAGAAUAAUAGUAAUAAAAUAAAUAUAUAGAAUAUUUUAUGGGUGUAUGAAAGUAUAUUAUACGGUAAUGACUUAUAGUAUUAUUAAGUAAUCGUAAAAUUCAAAGAUGCAGCUGUAUCGUUGCAAUUUAUAUGGCGCCUGACAAAAAAUAUACGCAAUUGUUGUCUUUAUAUAGCGUUGAUCAUUUUAAAUAUCUUUGUAAGUUUUACAUUUGUUGAUUGAAAUAGAAAAAAAAAAUUAAAUAUCGUGAUUACUAAAUUUAAAGAAAGUACACGUAACCAGA